CGCGUACUCCAUCUAGCCAUUUAUUUCGCUACGAUAUAUCAACUUAUUUCUAUCUUCUCUCCAUUUAACCCGCCGCCACAAUGUUUAUCGCGCGAUCUGAAUAUGAUCGUGGCAUCAACACAUUUUCCCCAGAAGGCCGUCUUUUCCAGGUCGAAUACUCAUUGGAAGCCAUCAAGCUUGGUUCGACUGCAAUUGGAGUAGCGACAUCAGAAGGUGUAGUUUUAGGUGUUGAGAAACGAGUUACAUCUACCCUCCUAGAAACCUCCUCCGUCGAAAAGAUUGUCGAGAUAGACCGUCACAUAGGUUGUGCUAUGUCUGGUUUACAGGCCGAUGCCCGAUCGAUGAUCGAACACGCCCGCGUGGAAAGUCAAAACCAUGAAUUUCACUACAAAGAACCCCUCCGAGUCGAAAGCUGUACGCAGGCCAUUUGCGAUCUGGCUUUGAGGUUUGGAGAGGGGGCAGAUGGAGAGGAGAGCGUGAUGAGUAGGCCUUUCGGAGUUGCCCUUCUCAUCGCAGGUUAUGACGAAGAUGGACCACAAUUAUAUCACGCAGAACCUUCUGGCACAUUCUACCGCUAUGAUGCCAAAGCCAUAGGUUCCGGCAGCGAAGGUGCCCAGGCCGAACUGCAGAAUGAAUAUCAUCGGUCCCUGACACUGGCGGAGGCAGAGACACUAGUGUUAAAGACCCUGAAACAGGUCAUGGAAGAGAAGCUGGAUGCGAAAAAUGUACAACUGGCCAGUGUGACGAAAGAAAAAGGAUUCCGCAUUUAUGACGAGGAGGAUAUGGCUAGAGUAGUCUCUACAUUGGGAGAAAACUAGCGGCACCUAUAAGCAGCCUAUCGUCUUGGUAGACUAAUAGAUAGACCACUUUGAUCGAGAAAGGACCGCUUUUCCUC